AUGGGUGGACCAAACUCAGUUUUGGGUCCAACCUUUGGAACCAAAGUUGCUAACUACCCACCAUGCCCAACCCCCGAAAAAAUCAAGGGUCUCCGAGCUCACACAGAUGCCGGUGGCAUCAUCUUGCUCUUACAAGACGCCCAAGUGAGCGGCCUCCAGCUUCUUAAAGACGGAGAAUGGGUGGAUGUUCCCCCCAUGCGCCACUCCAUUGUGAUGAUCAACCUCGGGGACCAGCUCGAGGUCAUUACCAAUGGCAAGCACAAGAGCGUUGAGCAUAGGGUGAUUGCCCAAACUGACGGUGCUCGCAUGUCCAUAGCCUCGUUCUUCAACCCUGGCAGCGAUGAGAAGAAAAAGUGGUACCCAAAAUUUGUGUUUGAAGAUUAUAUGAAGCUUUACGCAGCACUGAAAUUCCAGGCCAAGAAACCGAGGUUCGAGGCCAUGAAAGCCAGAGAAACAACAGCUCCCAUUGCAACAGCUUAAGAAAAUUUCAUACCUACCUUUGCUG